AAUCGUAUAUUUAUUAUUACAUCUUUCAGACGAUGCACCAACACAAAAUCGUAUAUUUAUUAUUAUUUCUUUUAGACGAUGUCUUCAAAUGCAUCAGAAGAGCUGGAUCAUGUCGACCCUGCCGUUCUGGUAUCACUGUCGUCCGUUCUCAUAGUGGUGGCAGCACUAACGACUGUCGGCAACAUCAUGAUCAUCUUCCUCGUAUUCAAGACGCCAUCUUUGCAAAAACCAGCAUUCGUCUUGACUGCAAACAUCACGCUGGCCGAUCUUCUUUUCUCAAUUUUCGGGCUGCCCCAGUAUAUUGCUGCCUUGCUUACACAGUCUCGAGUACCUCCUUUUGGCACAGCAUCCUGCUAUAUUCAGGUAUACGCUUCCAAUGCCCCCCUCGCUGCCACCGUUUAUUUUAUGGCUGGCACGGCUGUUUUCAGGAUGAUUAACGUCUGCUACCCGGUCAAGUGUAUACAUAUUUGCGCGAGAAAAUGGAUGAUAGCUUUCUGUUUAAUGUUUUGGACUGUGCCGUUUGCUGUGUGUGCCGCUUUCGACAAGGGUGUCGAGUACGACAGAUUUAAGUACGUCUGCGUCUUCUCUUCGCCUGGGUAUCUUUAUGGUUUUGUUGUGAUCGUGGUUAUGCCAGCGUUCAUCGUCAUGCCAAUAGCUUACGGUAAAGUGCUCUAUUUUAUCAGGCAGUCGAGACGACGAAUCGAGGCCCACGGGACGGCAUCAGUUGGAGCUGUCAACAUACAGAAGGACAGACACGUGUUCAAGCUGGUCCUUACAAUCAUGCUCAUCUUCAUAGUUUCCAUUAUCAUCCCGAACGUCUUUUAUUCUCUGUCGCGCGCCUGUGAGUCGUGUAGCAAAUCGACCACAGAGCUGCUUGGUGCGUGGCUGGUUCGUCUGCGACCAACAGUCAAUUUUAUAGCAAUUAUGAUUACCUGUUCAUUCCUACGAGACAUAUUUUGCACUCAGGUGUCGUUUUGUUGUAAACGAUAG